AUGAUUGAUAUAUCUAUCCAAUCUAAAUCAAUUCCUAGUAUAGGAUAUUUUCAAAAUAAAGAAGAAAUUUCUACUGGUACAACAUUAGUUGCAAUAGAAUAUAAAGGUGGUGUUGUUGUGGGAACAGAUUCUCGAACCAGUAGUGGUUCUUUUAUUGCAAGUAGAUGUACUGAUAAGAUAACUCGAAUCAACUCAUCAAUAGUUGUAUGCCGUUGUGGUUCUGCAGCUGAUACACAAACAAUAACUGAUGUUGUAAAAUAUAAUUUAGAGAUUAAUGAAUUGAUUGAUAAAAAAAAGAUAAGUGUUUAUGAUGCUGGAAAUGAAUUUCGAAAAUUACUUUAUAAUUAUCGUGAAUCACUCUCGGCAGCAACAAUUGUGGCAGGAUAUGACAAUAAAUUAGGUGGUCAGGUAUAUUCUAUUAUAUCUGGUGGAACAAUGAAUAGACAAACUAUAACAUCACUUGGAUCUGGAAGUACAUUUAUUCAUACUUAUUUAGAUUCUAAUUGGAGAACAGAUUUAACAAAAAAUGAUUGUAUAAAUUUAAUAAGAAGUGCUGUAUUUCUUGCAACUAGUAGAGAUGGAUCUUCUGGUGGUGUUAUAAGAUUAGCAAUUAUUGAUAAAAAUGGAACACAAAGAUUAAUCUAUCGUCCUGAUCAAGGUGAAUAUCCAUAUAUAAGAAAUCCUUUACCGUAUAAAGAUUAUAUGAGUGGUUUUAAAAAUAAAGAAAUUGAGGAAGAGAUCAUUGAUUAA